AUGGUGAUUGGGAGUGUCCUCCAGGGAAGACCGUCUCCAGACACAUUCCUACCCACUUCCAGUUCAGUGAAGUGGGGACCGAUCUCCGAGGUUGAGGUCACUAUUGUCGGAGACCCAACGGGGAGCAUGAAGGUGGCUAUGGAUCUGGAUAAUCCCGGGAUGCAGAAACGGCUGAGGGAGUCUCGCGCCAAGAAGGUGGAGAAGGGAGGUGCUCAGCAGGCGACUGGUAAGCGGCCUAGAGAUCAUGAAGGCCUAGUUGCUGAUGUGUUGGGAAAGAAGAGAGUGCUGGAGGAAGCUCAUCGAAGUGUGAUGGGGACAGGGCCGAGGCUACCUCCCUUUGACCCGCAGGCGCCGCCGAAGCUCCCCUUCGGUAUGGAGGACGUUUAUGCCGAGGGGGUGGAGAAGGUGGACUUCUCCGGGCUGCGUCGGCAAAAUAAUGAGGUGAACCUGACCAUGCAUCGGCAGGAGGUUCCUUUGGUGAACGUCUUCCUGGAAGGUGUGAAGAGUGACCCAGAGGUUCUGGCGAGGACCUCGGCUACCUCUUAUGCAUAUCGGGCCCAGAAGACGCUCCUUACCCAUGCCUAUGCUUAUGGUGAGAUGUACGUGAAUAUGGCCAAGGCAGAUAAGGAGAUCCAGAGGCUAAAGAGGCGUAAUGAGAUGGCCAAGGAUAAGAUAGCGGAGGUGCAGGAGGCCAUCCAAUAG